GCCCUGGCCAACGUGGAGUCGCGUCUGCAGGCGUCGCUGCAGAGUAAUGUGUUUCAGACAACUACGGACAUGUCGGCGACCUUCCAGCAAGCGCACUCUGAGUUGGCAGAGCGGAUGGACGCGCGCGUCGCCGCGGUCGAGGACCAUCUCCACGCCGCGGAGGUCCGGCUGAGUGAGGGCGGCGGCUGGGAUCGCGAACCUGACAGUGCAGAUGUCUCCAUCUUAUCCAAGGUGGCUGGUUCCAAGGAAGCCGUGGAUGCGGCACUGGCCCCGCUCCUCUCGGACGCGGCCUUGGGCCCAGACACAACCACCCUGGAGGGGGAGCUGGUCGCCCAGCGCUACCUGCUGCGCUGCAGCGGCGCCGCGGAGCUGGCAGCUCGAAGGAUCGACAAGCUGCUGCAGCACAGACGUGUCGGCCCGAGGGAGUGGCGCUCGAUCCCAGCGCAGGCCCCCGACGGCUCCCAGGUUGUGCUCAGCUUGGGGCGCGACCGCAACCGCAAGCAAGUCGCCGCGGAGCUGGCGCUCAAGAAGAUCAAGAUGGCCCUCAUGGUCGCCAUUGCCUCCGGGCUGUUCGUGGAGA